AUGGACAUAUUAAAUGCAUUUCAUCGUCUUCCUGUCAUUAGCUAUUUUGGCAUAAGACGUGACGAUGAUUUUGCUGAUAGAUUAAACUAUAAAUAUACUGUUGGUCUACUAGUAUUCUUUUCUAUUGUUAUUGCAUCAAAACAAUUUUCAAAUGAUCAUAUUCAAUGCUGGGUUCCUGCUAUAUUUACAAGAAAUUAUGAAAUAUAUGUUAGUAAUUAUUGUUGGAUUCACAAUACAUAUCACAUCAAUAUCAGUGAACCAAAUAUAAAAAAAGCAUAUCAAAAACGUUAUGUAUUACGUUAUUAUCAAUUUGUUCCAUUUAUUUUAUUAAUUCAAUCAUUAUUCUAUAUUUUACCACGUCUAUUUUGGCGUUCAUUAAGUCGACAUUCAGGUAUUGAUGUAAAGAAUUUAAUUGAUGCUGCUCAGAGUUUAAAAAGUGUUAAACGUUUUCAUAAACAAAAGGUAGUUAUGCAAUAUUUAAUAUCAUUGAUUAAUCAAUAUGUUGAUGAUCCACGAAAAAAACAAAAAAGUCGUCAUUCAAAAUGGAAUACAUAUUUUUAUGGUUUACUCUGUUGUCUAUUUGGUAUGAACUAUUUUAAUGCUUAUUUAUUAUCAUUGUAUUUAUUUAUUAAAUUAUUGUAUAUUAUUAAUUCAUUAUUUCAAUUAGUUGCCAUAUAUAUUUUAUUAGAAAGUAGUUUUCAUCGAAAAUCAUUUGAUAUUCAAAAUAUAUUCUAUGGAAUAUUGAAACAAAAUCCAAUGUCAAAAUAUUUUCCUAAAAUAAGUAUGUGUGAUUUUCGUAUUAUUGAACCGAAUAGUGAUGAAGGUCACAAAUAUACGGUACAAUGUGUACUUACCAUCAAUGUAUAUAAUGAACAAAUAUUUACGGUUUUAUAUAUUUGGAUAUUACUUGUUCUAUUUAUAACAAUGUAUGAUUUUUUAUCAUGGAUAAUAUUUUUAAUAUUUCCAAAAUUAAGAUAUAGUUUUUUUAUUCAACGCAUUAAUGUAACUCAAUCUUUGUCGACUAUACGAACAACGAUGCAUCUAUUUGUCUAUGAUUAUAUGCAACAUGAUGGAUUUUUUAUACUACGUUUAAUACAUUCAAAUGCUGGUGAACAAGUAUGUUCAGAUAUUUUGACAAGUUUAUGGAAAAAUUUUUAUAGGACAGAUAAAGAAAAUGGCACAUCAAUAACAAAUGUGUCAAAGAAUAAAAUGACUACGCAUACGUCAAUAAAUCGAGCUGAGAUUGAUGCGACAACGCAUUCAUCACGUAAUGGUACAAAUCAGACAAAUAAUCCACAACAACGACUUGGAGGAUUUUUUAAUUAUUCACGAACAAUAACAAAUUUAUAA